AUGAGUGAUGGAUCCUGCUGGCAGUGGAGAGAGAGAGGCAUUGAACCCCUUAAUUAUCCUAGCAAUAAGACAGUACUGGAAAAUGCAGCAGAAGAUAUUCUUGUUCAAAAACCUCUUAAGAUCAGAUGCUGUGACCUUCCAGGAUCUCCAAGAUCAACCUUUUUAAUGGUUUUUAGUCCCGAUGGAACCAAAGUUGCAUCAACACAUGGAAAUCACAAUAUAUAUGUAUCAGAAUUAGCUAGCGGGAAGCAUGUGCGAAUACUUAAAGGACAUCCCCGCACACCUUGGUGUAUAGCAUUUCACCCUUCGCACCCACAAUUAAUAGGGAGUGGAUGUCUUGGAGGUCAAGUCAGGGUCUGGGAUAUCUCCAGUGGUGGCAGUGAAGUGUGGAAUGUACGUAAUGAGACAGUUAUAGCAUCAAUUGCAUUCCACCCCCGUGAGCAAUUGUUAGUGAUAGCUACAUAUAAUGAACUUUAUUUCUGGGAUUGGAACCAACCGGCGCCCUUUACCAAAGUCACCACAAAUAAUGUCAAUGAGAAAGUAAGGUACGUGGCGUUCGACGCUUUGGGUUACAAGCUGAUAACGGGCAUAUCGUUGUGGGCCAGCCCUGGCGGCACGGCGUGUCUCCUCCAGCAGUUCUCCAACCUGAACGCCCCCAACCAGUCGCCGUUCAGGCGGGACGACUCCGACGACAAUGGCGGCACCAACAGGCCCCAGCAGGAGGGCUCGGGCUCCGCUCAGGAGAUGAUCGUCAACUCGUACCAGAAUCUGGUGCAGCGCUACGACAGCCUAGUGAGGAACUACCAGAGGCUGUACAUGGUGCGCCAUAGGCUCACCAGCACACCGCCCCCGCCCAAUACGAUCGACCGCGGUACUGAUCCUAUGGAAACGGACGCUUCGCCGAGCGGCAUUACCCGCACCGCCCGCGCCACCGCUGCCCCACAACAGCACGAGGCAGGAAACCCCACGCCUAGCAGUUCCCGUCAGAACGGCGCUGAGAAUGGUGACGGUGAAGCAAACAGCGGCCGCCUUCUAAAUCUCUCUUUGGGAAUAACAUUGAUAGAUCAAGACAGACGCGAGGAGCAAUCGACUUUCGGCUCCAGGUCCUCCGCUUUUCAGCCUCUUAACGAUUACGCGGGACGCUCGUUUAGAACCGUCGAUCAAAGCGAGCGCGUAAGAUUGUUGCCUAACCCGUUCUCGUCGAAUAAUGCGGGACCUUCGACGCCUGACGUUGAACCAUCCGCGGACAAUCCGACGAACUCGUCGCGCACGAGUAUAUUCACUUCGGCCCGCCCGGAAGCCGGUUCCCACGCCGACGUCGCCCCGCGCAGAUCGCAUCGCAAUCUCCCAUCCUCCCUGCCCACCGCCCUGUCGAUAGCGGACGGCCUGCCGUUUAUGCUCGAUGACUUGGGCCCGCUCACUCGUUGGCCGCCAGAGCCCUCGACGCCGUCCACCUCCGGCACCAACCCUCAGAGGCCCACGAUGACCAACUCGUCAACGCAGAUGAGCCCCGUGACCACGCCGGUCGACGCGCGCACCAUCAACCAGAGCUUAGACCUGAUCCGCGACAUACUGAGGGACUCCGGCACGAGGCUGCUAAACCUUAUCACGAACAUGUCCAUAUCGACUCUGGCCAGCAUGGAAAGGAGUAGCCCCCGCAGGGCUGGCUCACGCACGCACUCCGACGAGAGCGACGGCGGUGAGAGGGCGCGUGAAUCGAGACCGCGCGGCCGCCGCUUCAGGACUCGGUUGCGCAGUGAUCUGAUACUAUCCACCUCCGACUCGGACAGCGACCAGUCUCUAGAAGUCAAUAUUCUGCGAACGCCCAACAGCACUUAUAGGGAGGACGAACCCAGGGACGCGAGCGGGCCGAGUACUUCCGCUAGCAGCAGACAGCAACAGCCCACCGAUCGAAUGACCUUCGAACUGGACGAGGACGCUAUUGAAGGCACUUCCGCAGGCACUAGUGGUAUCAACGUGUCCGCGAGCAACAGCAGGUUUCACGUGCGCUCGCAGAGGAAUUUCGCUGGCGAGGGUCCCAGCACGUCGUCUAGAGAUCGCUCGGGCGCCUCGGAAGGUCGCAGUCAGAGCUUCCGAAUGGAUGGCGCGUCGAGCAGCCGAGACAAUUUUUGGACAAGGGGAGGCGCGAUGCCACCCCGCGAGGCUUAUAGAAAAGUGAGAGGCGGCGUGAACGCUUUACACAGGCAUACCGCGAUACUGACUAACCUGUGGCUGCAAGCCAGCCGCGUUACGAUGCGUCAGCUGCGCAACAUGUGGGAGAAUUUGCGUCGCCGUGUGCUGGCGCUGCACAGGCAAACAGGACAUCAGGAUGCGCCCAGUCAUUACACGAGGUCACUUCUAGAACGGUGCAUGUUAUUAACUCAAAUGACGGAUACCGUGCACGGCUCCACCAGAAAUCCCACUAGACUGAGGACUGAUAAUGCUGAGACCGAAAACAGGCACCAAAACCAAGACCUCCAUAUGGAAGAAAAUAACGGUACAUCCAAUCAAAACGAUGAUAAUCCAACACAUGAAUCUGAUAGAAUUGUUAGACAAUCGCCAUCCGCGCAAUCGUCCCAGAGGAGAAGUUCCGUUCGCUCCUCGCCAUAUCUCAGGAGAAGGCUCCAAUCAAGCUAUAGAUGGAGGCCGGAAGAUGAACUUAGAAGACGCUCACGAAAUCCUACGGUAAAUCGUCUAUCCCAGAGAUAUGCGAACAGGCCCCGCAGAGAUUUUGCCAGAGCUUUAGAAAUCAGCGCCACGCGGCAUGAAAUCCGAAUGAGAGCGAUGCAAGUGUUAUCGGUUAUGUUUAAUAUGAUGAUGAUGUGUUUGGAGGAGCGCGGCUUGAGUCGACUUAUAAUAAACAUGUUGAGGAACUUGAAAAAAUCUUUAGCGCUGACCUGUUUAAUAUUGAUGUCAAACAGAAGCAUCAGCCGUAAUGCGAACAGUCCUUCGCAGCAAUCCACGCGCAUGGACGCCCUUAACGUGGUUAGAAUCGAGAACAUAGACCACGCUGGGCCAGUUAAUGUUGACGGGCCCGAUGAAUCGCCCAAUUCCUUUUCUAGCGACACCGACGAUGAUCAAUCGCAGAAUCGAACGAACGACAGGCUUCCAGCUACUACGUCACAAACUUCCACCGCCACACAGAGUACAUCCACCAGAGACCGCCCGCAAGAAACCUCGUCGACAUCUGCCGCCUUUAGCGCUUCUGUACACAGAUGGAGCAACCGGCUCGCGGUGCAAAUCGCGGAGGCGAACCGGAAUAACUCUGUCACUGCCAUCAAUCGCAGGAAAAUCUAUUUAGAGCGGAAACGACAGAAGGCCUUGCACAGGACGAACCCACUAGUCCAUCCUCUGAUAAAGAAGAGGCUGUUUCCGCCCGUCUCCAGUCACAGAAUCCCCGCACUGCGAUCGUUACCGCGUAAGCAGCUCACGGGCACAGCUUCCACUUCUAGGAGCGACUCGUCAAACCCUGAGCCGGUCGCCGGGCCGUCUAGCCUGCCGCCGGGCGCCGAAACCGCCAACCAGGAAUCGCCUAGGAACGAAUUCGAGCAGAGAGUGAACUUGAUAAGGCUGGCACAUUUGCAGGCUGUGCGUAUGCGGAAUGCGGCUAACAGGUUCAGACGAUUGGAGACGAUAAGGCUGUACACUCCUUCGUCCGUCCGCGAGAUGUUCUCUCUGCAGGCGAGUGGGUCGGACAACCAGCCGGGUAACCGAUCGGCCCAGCCAGGUGCUUCGGAUGGCGGAAACCGGCGGUCCUUCGCCACGUACAUCCUGCCCACGGAGCCGAAUGACAGGGCGAAUGAGGAUUUCUACACGAUGAUGAAUAACGCCCCAAUGCCGCUGAUGCAAGUGAACGAUCUUCCCGUGCCCUCGGAGGCCUCCGGCAGUCAGCCACAAAGGCUCCCGAGGAUCCACGAAUAUCUUCAACCAAUAAUUUUAGCUCAGAACGCAAUGGUCGUGGAAGAGGAAGCCAACGGCGAUGGUGGUGGCGGCGGGGGAGGGGGCAGUGGUGGUGGGGGAGGGGGCGGGGGUGGCGAAAAUGGUGGGGGCAGGAACAUCGGUGCUCGCCGAAUGGGAGGCAUGGCCGGCCUACUCGAUGCCGGAAUCAUAUCCGAAGCACUGCCGGCACCCUCGCACCGAGUGCAGGCCUGGGAUUUCACCUCCGGGGCCACCCCUGACAUCGCAGACAGUACGAAAAAUGUCGUGGUGCAAAGAUGCAGAAUCCAUAAUGACGCUAGUAUUGACAUAUCUAAAGAUGGCCGACUGUUGGUAGCGUUGUUGCCAGUGCCAAGACUUCGCAAUACCAAUCACUGGUUGGGGGUCUACUCGCUGGAGUGGCCGCGGCUGGGCCACUGCCUGCACACCGCCGUGCUGGAGCAGAGCGCGGUGUCCGUGGCGCUAUCGCCGACCGCGCGCCACCUGGCGGUGGGCCUGGGCUCGCGCCGCUUCACCACCACGCCGCACGCGCGCAACAACGUGUUCGCGCUGCUCUACCGGCUCGAGCCGCUCGAUAAUUCAAGCCGGACCGGUCUGUCGCCAAUCAAGGAGUUGGAACAAAAUUGGGAACACGGCUUCACGAGCCUCAACUGCCUCCGCUGGGCGCCGCAGCCCGGGCAAGGUCGUCACUCCAUC